UCAGAAUUGCCUAAGGUUGAGAUCAGUGGUGAUCAUACUGCAGCUUUGUUGUAUUCUUCUGGGACAACUGGGGUUAGUAAAGGUGUGGUGUUGAGUCAUAUGAAUUUUAUUGCGGUUUCGCAAAUGUUGACUUCUGAUCAGAGGUUAAUGGGUGGGAAAGAUUAUGUGUUUUUGUGUUUGUUGCCUAUGUUUCAUAUAUUUGAGAAGUAUAGGGUGACUUAUUUGUGGGUUGUUCCGCCGGUUUUUCUUGCGUUGGCUAAGCAGGAAGUGGUGAAUAAGUUUGAUUUGUCGUCGUUGAAGCAGCUCGGGUCGGGUGCUGCGCCUUUAGGGAAGGAGUUGAUGGAGGAGUGUGCUAAGAAGCUGCCUCAUGUUGUGGCUCUUCAGGUGAAUUUCAUGAUCUUAUUUACAGUUUUGUUAGUUGAAAAUUUUGUACUUGUGGUUAGUUAUUUAUGAAGUGGAUCUAUAGUGGAAUUAUUUGGUUAUUUCAAAUGCAUAUAUUUGCACAUGGGUUACAUGGUUAGUUCUGUGAAUGUGUAUGUCCUUUUGGAUUAAUGUUAAAAUC